UCUUUGAACUAGCUGAACUGUCACUAAUAGCAGCUGUCAAACAACUGCUGAACGGCUCACAGAAUCCGAAACCGAAACAAAAUUUAUGCAAAAUGUGUGCACGAGUUGAACAACCCGACAGAAAACGCAACAGCAACCGCAACGGCAAAAGCAAAGGCAAAGGCAACCGCAAAAGCAACUGAAAGCGAGUGUUAGCUAGAGUCGAUGCAAAGAGUCAAAGCUAUAUAUGCUAUAUAUAUAUGUAUAUGCAUAUAUGUGUAUGUACUGUUGGGGCUGGGUCUAACCUUCACAAUCUGGCCGGCAAGAUCUAAUGUCAUUAAAAUCGCACAAGGUUAGAGGCAACAGGUAAGAGCAAGUGCUGGAGCUGAAUUGGUUCAUGUGGCGGAAACUUUUUAUUUCAUGUGGGCUUUGCACCUGUCGGAGCCAAACAGAAAGAGACUGAGAGGGAGAGAGAGAGGGCGAUGAUGUGGUUUUGCUUUAGCCGUCACACGAUCUAUCAAUUAUACAUAUACAAAAUUAUACAGAUUUUGUGGAUUUUGAGGAUUGGAAAACACUUGGAAUGUUUUGCGGUAAGAAGUGCUCCCUCUUCUGCCUCUUCAUGAGCAUCUGGGGCACAAUUCAGUUGCUGCUGAUGGGCAUGUCCUAUUCGCUCAACUCCGUGUCUAUGAUUGAAACACUGCCGCUGAAGGAGACCUAUAAGAGUCUGCAGCAAUUUCGCACCGAGUGCGAUCACCUAAAUAGGACUCUGGCGUUACGUUGCUAUGUAGCUGCCAUAAUCUAUGCCUUAUUUGCACUCUGCUCCUACAUCUGUUUCUGCACCCGAAAGAGACAAGCGAACAUGCAGAAAAUCCAACCGAAAUCAGAGAAAGCACUGUUGCAGAAAAACCGUUUCACAUAGCACUAGAUACUUAUGUAUAUGUAUGUGUAUUUGUAUAUAUUUUGUAGAUCUUGACAUUAUAAAGCGACAUAAUUCAGCAUUGCA